AUGAACAAGGUUCUCGCAUCGGGUUCAAAAAGCAUCAAUAAAGAUCGAUAUCUGCGCCUCCUCUGGGUUGCGGCUGGUGCCUUCACAAUCCAUCUCCCACUUUCGAGCUGGCUCAUUAUAGUUAGAGGAACCGCAUACCCCGUCGCUCCAUGGGAAUCAUGGGAGGUUACCCACAAAAACUUUCGGAGAAUUGCGUAUUUCACCCGUUUCAUGCUGUCCACGGACCGGUUGACUGUCGCAACCUUGUCAAUCGGCUACUGGUCCCUCCCUCUAUGUGGCCUCAUCAUCUUCACCUUCUUCGGAUUUGGAGAAGAGGCAUCCAAACAGAGGGAAACUAUUCUUGGGGCUAUCCUAAAGCCAUUCGGAAUCAAGUAUCCAAAGGCGACGCCCCCCACAGGGGUAAAGAAAUCCUGGGUCGAUGUGUUGUUGGGUCGUCCCGGUAAACCGAUAAAUCCCAAUCACUCCUUCGUCGCCCCAUCCAGUCCUCAUUUUGGUGCAAGCUCCAACUUGCCUCUACCAUCUAGACUCGACCGGCCACGCCGAGUACUACCCGCGCGUGGGCACACUGUCAAUGAUGGAAUCGACGAUUUUGACUUUGACAUAUCUGAUGUCGAAUCUUUGGGACCUGCCAACACCAGACAACAGAAUAGGCUAUCGGAUUUUAGGGGAUCUCGACCCCGCUCUAUUGGUAACAACGACCAUGAGCCGCAGUUCCCAGAAAAGGCAAUGACGGGUCCAAGCGCGGUUGACAUGACCAGCAAGAGAAGAUCGACUCUUGUGACUCUCGAUAUCCCUAUCUCUACAAUCGAGGCAUACACGGGAGGUGGAGAUAUAGAAGGACAAGAACCAGAUGAAGAAGCCCUCGCCGCAGAAAGGAGGAGAGCGAUCCUUGAAGCCAAUCCAGAGCUGACAGAGGAAGUUACCUUCUGA